CCAACCAUGGGCGAUCAUAAGGCAGUGAUCAAAAAUGCAGACAUGUCGGAAGAGAUGCAACAGGACUCGGUGGAGGGCGCAACUCAGGCGCUGAAGAAAUACAACAUAGAGAAGGACAUUGCGGCCCACAUCAAGAAGGAGUUUGACAAGAAAUACAACCCCACCUGGCACUGCAUUGUGGGGCGGAACUUCGGGAGCUAUGUGACACACGAAACCAAACACUUCAUCUACUUUUACCUGGGUCAGGUAGCCAUUCUGCUGUUCAAAUCUGGCUAAAGGCGAGGACUGCCAAACACCCAGUGAUCCAUCCAAAAUAAGGACUGCAGCCGAAACUCCAGUACCAGAGACUGAAAUCCUCACCCUGGCUAAGGGAACGCCUCGUUUGAAUCUUGACUGUGUCUGUACAGGGCAUCCUCUGUACUAGUUUAUU